UGUUUUGAAUUUGUAUUCUAGAUUUGUCAUGUACUAGGAAUCAGUUUCCCUAACUGCAGUUGAUAUGAUGGGUCAGAUGGUUAUUUUCUACUUAAGGGGGAGCGCGGCUUUUAAAACGGACGAUUUUGGGGUCAAAUUAUGGUAUCGAGGUUUUUUACAUCUUGUGAAACUUCAACCUCUCCCGUACCUAAAAAUAGCUAUGAGAGAAUUUAGAAAUAGCGUAUUUACACCUAAAAUUGUCUUUCAAAACACUAGGGUAGGGAAAAAAUUGUAUGAUUUUGAGAAAACAUGAUCUAUUUCUCAUCAAUUGACCAACCAAUAAUUAUAGUUUAUAUCGGAAUAAGCAUACAGUGUUGUAUAUCGAUGGAAUCGUUAUUUUCCCCUCUGUCUGAAUAAAUAUGCAACUGGGUCAUGACGUCUCAUCACCGCUUCCUAUUAGCUCAGAACGAGACAAAGGUUUGACCAAGAUUGACCUAGAUUGUGGGCUGAAUGUUUACUACUGAGAUGACCUUGAAUGUUGAUUGGCUAAUGCGAAUGACCCCAAGGAAUGCUCGAAUUCUGUUGGUUCUCCACCAUAGUUACAAGGUCACUUCCGCAAAGCUUGACCCAUAAUUGCACGUGGAAUUUUCCGUCUUUUCUUGAAUGAACAAAGGAUUUUCUUUGUAUACAGGCUCAUGUGUGUCGAUUGUUUGUGCGCAUGUGUACUUGGUGUGUAGUCUCAAGUCAAAGAAACGCGUUUGUCUCUCGAAACGAAGGGCCACUUUCAGAUUACGUGCUGGAUGGCAGCAUCACUGUGUCGAUAACGCUCUACAAUUGCUGUGCUCACUCGUCUCUGAUAUUGUUAGUAAGGUUGUUACUUACUUAGGCCUUCUUGUGUACUUGAAGCGGACAUUCUAGAUUUGUUCUAGAUUUGUGAAUUGCGUUAGUAUUGAAAAUGCCGAAGAAGAAGGUGACUGGUCGUUCGAAGCAGCUGCAGAAAGCUCGUGAGAUGCGUGGAAAGGCUGUGGAACUGGAACUCGAUAGGAGCUGUGAAGCUGAGGUUGAGUCCUCGUCUUCUGUCCCUGUGCCCCCAGAGAUGCUUGCAUCGUCUUCGAUUCUGGAUAUUCCAGAGACCCCACGGCCUGUCUUUCCACCGGACCCUCUGCUGCUGAUCCCUCUCCGGUCCCAGGAGAAGCUGAGUAGGUAUGUCGUGCCUGCUGCUGCUGAAGAUACGUCUCGAGCCAUCGUGGAGUUGUCGCAGGUUGAGGGGCUGUUCAAGCAGCUUCAGUGUCCCCAGUGUGGCAUCGUUGGGACUUUGUCGCUACGUCAGAUGGGUCAGUUCGGCCUGGCUCUUCGGCUCUCCCUGUUCUGCUCAGAAUGUUCUAGCGUCGUCGGUAAGCCCCAGUACACGUCUUCCCUCGACACCAGCACCCCAGCAAAGAGGAAACCGUUCAAGGUAAAUCAGAGUGCCACGGCUGCGGCUCUGAUGUCUGGCCUGGGGCCGUACCAGUUCAACACAUUAUGUGCUCACCUGGAUCUCCCAGGUCUUAAUCCGAAGACCUUCAACAAAUAUGCCACUCAGGUGUACGGAAAGAGUGAGUCUCUGGCGGACAAAGUAUUUUUUCAGGCUGCCAACGCUGUUCGCCAGGCUUACCUAAGCAUGGGCUGCGUCGCGGAGGAUGGCGUGCUGGACAUCGCCGUGAGCUUCGACGGCUCCUGGCUGACGCGUGGCCACAAGUCCCUCAUCGGUAUUGGCUGCGUCAUCGAUGUACUGACCGGGUUAGUACUCGACAGCCAUGUCCUGAGCCUUCAUUGCCAGACUUGCGCUACCACUGGUCAGUGGAAGAAGACGAACACUCCCCUGGCUUACGACGCGUGGCUGACGGAGCACAAAGCUAGUGGCUGCAACAUAAACUAUGGUGGAUCGUCGGGGAUGAUGGAGGUGGAGGCUGCAGUUGUGUUGUGGAGCCGUUCGAUGGAAAAGUUCGGCCUGCGGUACACCACGUUUGUUGGUGAUGGAGACUCCAAAGCCUUCAACAAGGUGACAGAGGUGAAGCCGUACGGUCCUGGAGUCCAGAUUGUUAAGGAGGAGUGCCUGAAUCAUGUGGGGAAGCGGCUGGGCACUGCGUUACGGAACCUCGUCAGCGACUGCAGCAAGAAAGGCGUCACGCUAGGUGGAAGAGGCCAUGGCAGGCUGACAGCAAACACUAUUCGCAAGCUGUCCAUCUACUAUUCACGGGCCAUCCGAAGCCAAGCCACUGCAGCCGAGAUGAGGACAGCUAUCCUGGCCAGUGUCCAUCAUGGAUACUCAACAGACGACCACCCGCAGCACAUGUACUGUCCGUCUGGCAACGACUCCUGGUGCUUCUACAAGAAGUCCUUGGCAAGGCACGUCUAUCCAGGAGGCCACAAGAACAGGGUGCACACGCCCCUGAACUACGAACUGCUGCAUGAGCACCUCCGUCCCGUCUACGAAAGGCUCACAGCCGAUUCUCUACUUCUUCGGUGUGAACGCAAGGCGACCCAGAAUGCAAACGAAAGUUUUCACCACUCGGUCUGGGCCAAAUGCAGCAAAACUCAGUUCCGCAGCAAGCAACGAGUCGAAGUGGCUGUCAUCACUGCUGCUGCCGAAUUCAACUUUGGCCCAGGAUAUACUACCGAGUUGAAGGAUUUACUUGGUGUACCUUCUGGGGUAAAUACUGAACGCCUGAACUCUGCCCGCACCACCAAGCGUUUAUACAAAAGCCAGGACGUACAGAAAGCCGCUGCGAAGAGGAGGAAGGUGAUGCGAGCGAAGGCUAUAGAGCAGGCUCGUCUUGAGGCAGAGAAAGAAGAUGGUGUGGCGUAUGGGCCUGGGAUGUUUUGAAGUGUACUCUAACGGACACUAUCAUCAGUUUUCUUCGUUUUUUGGUUUUGAACAGUCAGUACCCCAUGUCACAAUUUACUUUCUUAUUAGCAUAUUUUUAGCUGGAUUGUAUUGAAACUGUGAUUCACAAGAACAUAAAUGCUUGUUGUGCAUGUUACAAUCAUCAUUUUUCAGAUUUUCCGCCCAGGAAUUUUUUUGGGGUCUAUUUUGAAACAAAAUGUCGUUUUUCUCAAAACUUUACAUUUUGAUACCUUUUUCUCAUCUACUUUUUUAUUUUCUAACCGAUUCCUCUGAUAUUUUCAGGGUUUGUUGUUCACAUCAUAACCAAACUUUAUACAACAGGACAAUGUAAUAGGUACAUUUAUACUUGAGUUAUGGGCGAUUGUGUAAUGAAAUUCAGAGGUGUGAAGGGGUAGGUCAGUUGUCCAUCUAUAACUUUUUUCCUAUUCAAGAUAUCCGAGAGCCCUGUUGUAUAAUAUUUUGUUUUGAGUAUAUCUAUCAAUGUACCAAAUUUGAAUAAAUUCGGUCAGUAAUUAAAAAA